AUGUGGUGGAUAGCGUGUCACCACACGUGGAGGGGCCAAUUUUUGGCGGAAUAUACCCCGCAAACCGCCAUACAGAGCGCUCCUGGGUUUAUAUAUAAAAGGGCCCCCCCGUGCUUUCGUUGGCAUAGGUUUCCUAGGCUUCUUUCUUGGUCGCUUCGCUUGCUCACUCGCAAAAGCUGCUAGAUCGAUCGCGAUGGCGCACAGAUUUGCCGAAGUGGUGGCGCUGAUCGUGGCCGCGGUGAUGGCGUCGGCGGUUUCUUGCGCCCAUGCCCAAGCCCUCAGCCCGGCUCCACCUCCAGAAGAGGGGGCAGGGUUUGCGCUCGCUCCAGCGGUGGCGGUGAUCGCAGGGAUGAGCGCCCUCUCCUUCUUGUUCGCGAGGAUGUGAAGAUCUUUCUAACGGCGGCUAUGGCGGUGGGACUUCUUCUUCUUGGAUUACGCUCUACAUUUUGGUGCCGCUGCCGCUGGCCGCAAGAUUGUGACGAUCGACUGAUCUAUGUAGCGAGGAAUUUUUUGGCUUGUUUUUCUGCUUGUAGUGUUGUGUGAUUUCUCCGAAGAGCUCCUCCCCUGUGACUGGAUUCUUUUUGGAAUAAAAUAUAUACCUUUCUCGGAUGUAAAGAGAAGGGUGUCUCUCUCUCUCUUUUUAGGGUUCUUCGUGGCUAUGGCGGACGAGAUGUUCCUGGCAAUGCCGCUCCAAUCGCUGGUUGGGGGGUCUAGCGCGCUGGAAAAUCUCUCGGGAGGGGGCAGGAAGGGCGGGAAGAAGGAUGAUCGCAUCCCGCAGUGGGGAUUCAACGAGACGAAGGAGCUAAUUGCGAUCCGCGCGGAGCUGGAGAAGGAUUUCACGCAGACGAAGCGCAACAAGACACUCUGGGAGCUCAUCGCGGGCAAGAUGAAGGAUAGGGGCUACCGGCGAAGUGCCGACCAGUGCAAGUGCAAGUGGAAGAAUCUCGUCAAUCGCUACAAGGGAAAGGAGCUCUCGGAUCCAGAGAAUGGCCGCCAGUGCCCAUUCUUCGACGAGCUAGACUCGAUCUUCAAGGCCCGGCUCAAGAACGCGGGCUCCAAGCUCUUGCUCGAGUCGGAUGGAUUGAUUCGGCCAAAGAAGCGGACCAAGCAGCAGCAGCAGCAGCAACCGCAUCUAUCCGACGAUCCCGACAACAGCGACGAGGAGGAGGAGCAGGAGGAGGAGGAUCCGAGCGGCGGAGAGGACGAUCGCGCCGUCCAGAAGAAGAAGAGGAAGGCGGACAAGGAGCGGCAGCGCGCGACGGCGGAGAAGUACCGCGCCAACAACAUGCAGGAGGUGCUGGAGGAGUUCUUCCAGCAGCAGCAGCGGAUGGAGGAGCAGUGGCGGGAGGUGUUCGAGCGGCGCGAUCGCGAGCGCCGGGAUCGCGAGGCGGAGUGGCGGCAGAGGAUGGAGCGGCUCGAGGCGGAGAGGAGGGCGCGCGAGCACGAGUGGUGGGAGCGCGAGGAGGUGAGGCGGGCGCAGGACGAGCUGAGGUCGCAGAAGAGGGAGGAGCUCCUCACGGCCCUCGUCAUGAGAGUUGCUCAAGAGCCCUAAUAUUCUUGGGAUAUUCUACGCACAGGAUAUUCACUUUUUUGAAUAUAGAUGCUUGUCGCU